AUGGCGUCGAAACCGCCGCGAGCAUCAAAAUUGAAGUAUAUUGAGACAUUAGACCCUACUUCCAGAGCAAGAUACUUUAACAAACUACAGUUGAUAGACAGCAUUGAUCCGUACGAUGUGCCAAAGAAAGAUUGGUCAAGUGAUGAGAAGGGCUUACCUGAAGUCACCUACCCCGACAUCGUGAACUACCUUGUACACACACAGAGCGCUUACACACUGAGCGAGAUGAAGUCCUUCAAGUCCCUCGAAUCGUACAACCAUUUCGUCUGUGGAUGGGUGAAGGACUUACUGCAUUUUACAGCAAACAAUUAUGUUGUUGUUGCUGCACGGGUCAAACACUCGCAACGGAUGAAUGAUGCUCCUUUACAGCCAUGGGUUUUAUGUGAGAAGGAUGGCAACAUUGUCACAGGUCACUGCAACUGUAUGGCAGGGCUAGGGGAAGCCUGUAGUCACAUUGGAGCAGUAUUGUUUUAUGUUGAUGCUACAGUAAAGAUAAGGAAUUCAAAGACUGUGACACAGGAACCAGCGUACUGGCUAUUACCAAGAGGGAUACAGAAGGUGGGAUAUGACACCAUACAGAACAUUGACUUCCAGUCUGCAAAGACCCUGAAAAGGAACCUCGAUGAACAACUGUGCUCACCAAAGACGCCAAAAAGACAGAUGUUAGGGCAAAACUUGCCAAAUGUGUCAUCACCGUCACAGAGUGAAGUGUCAACUUUCCUAAGUAAAUUGCACAACACAGGCACAAAACCAGUUUUAUUAGCACUCAUGCCAGACUAUGCUUCUAAUUAUGUUCCAAGACAUCUCGGUGAGGAAUAUCCAUCCAUAUUGUCCGACCUGUUUCGAGAAGAAUGCAGUAAUAUGAACAGAGGAGAUCUACUUGAUCACUGCAAGGAGUUGUUUCACACAAUUACAGUUUCAGACUUGCAGGCAACCAAUGUAGAGUCAACCACCCGUCUUCAGACAGGAUGCAAGCAGUGGUUUCGUUUUAGGACUGGUAGAGUGACUGCUUCAAAGAUGAAGUCAGUGUGUGCCACAUCAGUCGACAAACCAUCACCGAGUCUAGUAAAACAGAUUUGCUAUCCAUCUCAAGUGAAAUUCAGCACAGAUGCAACAAGAUGGGGAUGUCAACAUGAAACAACAGCUCUUGACACCUAUUGUCAAAGUAUGAAUUUAUUUCAUGAGAACUUCACAUGUCGUAAGAGUGGUCUUGUCAUCAAUCCAAAGUACCCAUACAUUGGAGCUUCACCAGAUUCUGUUGUGUCCUGUGAUUGUUGUGGGGAAGGAACUGUUGAAGUAAAAUGUCCAUACUGUGUCCGGUCUAUGCCCAUUACAGAAGCAACAGAUAUAAAGGCAUCCUGCUUAGAGAGCAUAGAUGGCAGUGUUCGUUUGAAGAGGAAACACUCAUAUUAUUCUCAGGUGCAGACCCAGAUUUUUGUGUGCGACAAAGAGUAUUGUGACUUUGUUGUAUGGACGGAGCAAGAGGUCCACAUAGAAAGGAUAGAGCCUGAUGAGGAAUUUUGGAAUACUGUAACAACAAAGGCUGAGGAAUUCUUUAAAUAUGCCAUCCUUCCAGAACUUGUAGGAAAAUGUUAUUCCAGAGCAGUUAAUGCAUGCAGUAAAGCACCUUCUGGGUCAAGUCCUAGUGGUAGAGCAGUGUCCAGUGUAAAGAGUACCGAUACUACAGCAUCUAACAUAACAAAUCAGUCAGCAACAGUCAGUGAUGACACAGCAAAAGACAGACACCCAUAUGACCCAGAGUUUGACCGUGUGGUUGGUUGUGACAACCAAAACUGUCCAUAUGUAUGGUUACAUUUCACUUGUGUCAACAUUAAGAGAGCACCUAAGGCCAAGGGUAAUUGGUACUGUCCGCAGUGUCGGAAACUUCCACAGUUUAAGAAAUGA